GUAGUCAAAAUGUUUGGUGGUUGAAAUCCAAGGGGAGGAAGAAGAAAAUAGAUGAUGGUGAAGAUGCAGUGAAGGAGAGUGGAUAUUGCAUCAGUUUAAGGUUUAUUGGCUGCUGUGUUACUUCAAGAUCUACAGUUGAUAGCUUUGUGAGUAGCAUCAGCACUCAUGGGAAUAAACCCAUCGCCUAUGUUUGAGUGUCAAAAAAGGUGGUUAGAAUUAUUAUUGGGUUUACGUGCAGAUCCUAUCAAGUAUUGCACUUGCAAAAUUCAAGAUUAUAAGGCACCUCAUUGUGAACAGGAUGAGGAUGUAAACCUUGAUGACGUUGAUGCUGAAUGUAUUCAGCAACAAUCAGAUAUUCAUAAUAGUAUUGUCAUGAAGCUGGUUAAGAAAGUUGCCCAUAGAGGAUCUACAGCUCCAGAUAGUAUUGCGAAAAGAUUUGAUCAAAAAAGUUAUACUUAUGUUUCAAUGUAAUAUAGGAUGAUGAUGUUUGAUACUAAUGGAUGUAGGAUGAUGAUGUUUGAUACUAAUGUAUAAAUUUCUAUUAUUAAUUUAUGUAUUUUUGGCUUUUUAUAUAAU